AUGGCUUUCCGCUUGGCCCUUACCUGUUUUCUACUGGCUAGCGUUGGCAUCUGCUCCGCGACUUUUGGCACUGAACAUGUCCACAUACGGGUUCACAUACCUGAAGAGCAUCACUCCUCGAAGGAGGUUAUAGUUCACGAGCACCAUGCAGACCACGGCCAUGGUGGCGGUGGAGGCGGUGGUUAUGGAGGGGGGCACGGUGGCAGUUUCGCGGACCACCUGCACGGAGGUUUCAUUGACCACCUAAAGGGACACGACCAUGGCCACGGAGGCGGAUUUGGGGGUGGAUUUGGUGGUGGCCAUGGGAUCUCUACUGGCGGAUAUGGUGGCCACGACUUAGGUCAUGGAGAUAUCGGCUUUGGCGGUGGUCACGCAGGCGGCGGAUUCGGAGGACAUGACUUUGGCGGUGGUCACGGAGGCGGUGGAUUCGGCGGACAUGACUUUGGCGGUAGCCACGGAGGCGGUGCAUUUGGAGGACACGACUUUGGUGGUGGCCACGGAGGGGGUGGAUUCGGAGGACAUGACUUGGGCAGUGGCCACGGAGGUGGUUUUGGAGGUCAUGAUUUUGGCGGAGGUCACGGUAGCGAUAUUGGAGGACAUGACUUCGGGGGUGGUCAUGAUUUUGGAGGAGGCCACGGCGGAGGAAUUGAUUUAGGGGGCCAUGAUAUUGGGGGCGGGCAUGGAAGCUACAACUUAGGAGGUGGACAUGGGAUUGGCGAACACGGCGGCCACGAUAUUGGAGGUGGACUUGGUGGUGGAUAUGAUUUGGGCGGCGGUCACGGCGGCGGAUUCGGUGGCGGCAUCAGCGGCGGCCAUGGCCACGAUUUGGGCGGUGGCUUUGGAGGCGGGUUUGGCGGUGGCCACGACGAACACGCACAUCACGGCGGCCACGACAGCUACGCCGGCGGCUAUGCUCUCUCGUCCGGAGAUCACAUCGGUCACGGGUCCGGUGGGCUCGGCGACUUCGGCCAUGGCGGUGGACAAGACAGUUACAGCAUAGGACACGGCGGGGGUGGUGGCCACGAAAGUUACGGCUUAGGCGGCCACGGUGGGGGCGGGGGCCAUGAUAGCUACUCGAUCGCGGGCUACGACUCUCUUGGCGGUGGUCAUGGCGGUCACGGGGACAGUUACAGUAUAGGCCACGGCUCCGGAGGUGGCCACGGGAUCUCCGGCAUCAGUUUGACGGAUAUCGGUGGCCACGGCGGUGACAGCUACACGAACGCCCUGGGCGCAGGCCAUGGCGGCGGACCCUAUCAUAAACGAAAA